CUAACUAGUGAGGACUUUUCUUCCCACCUUCCUCUAAUCUGUCUUUUAGUUCGUUUUCCUAUCUUCGUCGACGCUACCUUCACACUUUAUUUUCUGCAGAACUUCAACAAAUCUCAGACUCCAAUCAUUCCAAUCUACUGCUCUUCCUCCUGGUCAAUCAUGGCUUCCCCGGUGGAAAAAGGAGGAGAUAGAGACAUAGAAAAGGGGUUGAUUACUCCAACAUAUAGCCAAAACCCUUUAGCUGAGCUGUCAUUAUCACCGUCUCCGACUCCAUCGCUGUCGCCUUCCUCUGCCACAGCACCGGCUCUGGUGCUAUCUAAUUCUGGGAAGAGAAUAGACCAAGCUGGGAAGAAGAAGUAUGUGAAGCAGGUGACUGGCCGGCAUAAUGAUACUGAACUGCAUUUAGCAGCUCAAAGAGGGGAUCUUGUAGCGGUAAAGCAGAUACUUGAUGAUAUUGAUACUCAGAUGGUGGGGACUUUGAGUGGAGUAGACUUUGAUCAAGAGGUUGCGGAGAUCAGGGCAUCGGUGGUGAAUGAUGUGAAUGAGUUGGGGGAAACUGCACUGUACACUGCUGCUGAUAGAGGGCACCUUGAUGUGGUGAAAGAGUUAUUGAAGUAUUCCAAUAAAGAAACACUCACGAAGAAGAAUAGAUCGGGUUUUGAUCCUUUGCAUAUUGCUGCAAGUCAGGGACACCAUGCCAUUGUUCAAGGGCUGCUAGACCAUGACCCUGGGCUUAGCGAAACAGUUGGCACUUCAAAUGCCACCCCUCUUAUAACUGCAGCUACAAGAGGACAUAUAGCUGUGGUCAAUGAGUUACUGUCAAAGGAUUGUAGUUUACUAGAUAUUUCUAAAUCUAAUGGGAAAAAUGCAUUACACCUCGCUGCCAGGCAGGGGCAUGUGGAGAUUGUCAAGGCAUUGCUUGACAAAGAUCAUCAACUGGCAAGAAGGACUGACAAGAAGGGGCAGACCGCAUUGCACAUGGCUGUGAAAGGGGUUAACUGUGAGGUCGUCAAACUGUUGCUUGAUGCUGAUGCUGCAAUUGUCAUGCUGCCUGAUAAAUUUGGAAACACUGCUUUACAUGUUGCCACUCGGAAAAAAAGAGCUGAGAUAGUGAAUGAGUUGAUUCAGCUGCCUGAUACAAAUGUGAAUGCCCUUACUAGAGAUCACAAGACAGCUCUAGAUAUUGCUGAAGGUCUUCCACUGUCUGAAGAAUCCACGGUUAUAAAAGAGUGCCUUUAUCGUGCAGGUGCUGUUAAAGCUAAUGAAUUGAACCAACCCAGAGAUGAGUUGAGGAAAACCGUGACCCAAAUCAAGAAAGAUGUCCACACCCAACUUGAACAGACUAAGAGGACAAAUAAAAAUGUCCAUGGAAUUGCUAAGGAGCUUAGAAAACUCCAUCGAGAAGGAAUAAACAAUGCCACGAACUCAGUUACCGUGGUGGCUGUGCUUUUUGCAACCGUUGCCUUUGCAGCUAUCUUUACUGUGCCUGGUGGAGAUACAGACAGUGGGAUGGCUGUUGUAGUGAGCCGAGCUUCAUUCAAAAUCUUUUUCAUCUUUAACGCCAUCGCGCUCUUUACUUCUCUUGCUGUCGUCGUAGUUCAAAUUACCUUGGUGAGAGGUGAGACAAAGGCAGAAAGAAAGGUCGUGGAGGUGAUCAACAAGCUGAUGUGGUUGGCCUCUGUCUGUACUUCAGUGGCAUUUAUUGCAUCGUCUUACAUAGUGGUUGGUCGGAAAUACGAAUGGGCUGCAAUUUUAGUUACGGUUGUGGGGGGACUUAUAAUGGCUGGAGUUCUUGGAACCAUGACUUAUUAUGUGGUCAAGUCAAAGCGGAUCAGAUCAAUGAGAAAGAAAGAGAAGAGUGCCAGGAGUGGCUCAAAUUCAUGGUACCCCUCCGAGUUUUCCAACUCAGAUAUCGAUCGGAUUUUUGCCCUGUGAUAUGAGAAGAUGUAAUCUAGAGAAAAUAAUCACUGGCUGGUCGGGAAAAUGGUGCUAAAAGAAUAAAAGGGAGACUAUGAAGAGUUUUGAGCCAGGAGGAGGUUCUCCGUCUCUUCAGGUCUCCAGGCCUGUCCAUUAGCCACCAGAGGAAAAGGUGGAAGGGCUGGAAUUCUGCUGCUCCAGUUUCUGGUUGCUAAUGAUGUAUCAUCCUCGGAUGCUUAUAUCUUUGUUCCCGAGAAUUAUGUAACGGGAAGUCUUAUCAUGUAAGAAAUUUAAUGCGGAGGAGAGCAGACAAAUUAUACCAUGUCUUGUGUGUCUCUCUCCGCCAGAACAUCAUCAUCAUCAUCUUUGACAUAAAAGUUUAUUGCUACAAACCAAACUGAUGCAA